AUUUGGUGGAAGGGACCACUGUGCUCCAAUCGUGUUGGUGUUUGUUCCUGCACGUUGUUUCACAGACUGUCAAGAUGUCUGACAAGGUGGUGCUUGAAUUGUUGUCGUUGGAGAAAUCUCUGGGAUUGAAAAAGACAAACAAAUACAGCACUCAAGGAGACAAGCAGGUUCCAGUUCUUCAGACAAAUAAUGGACCGAAUUUAAUAGGACUGACAACCAUUGCUGCUCAUCUAGUGCAAGAAGCUCAACAGAAGCAGCUGCUGGGAAACACAGCAGAAGAGAAGGCAAUUGUGCAGCAAUGGUUAGAAUACAGAGUAACCCAGAUAGAUGGCCACCGUGGUAAAGAUGAGACCAGAACUGUUCUCAAGGAUCUUAACCAGUAUCUUGAAGAUAAAGUUUACCUGGCGGGAGAUGACUUCACUUUAGCAGACAUUUUAGUGUACUAUGGCCUUCAUCCUAUUAUGACUGAGCUUGCUGUCCAGGAGAAGGAGAAGUAUGUGAAUGUGUCCCGAUGGUUUAACCACAUUCAGCAUUACCCAGGCAUCCGCCAGCAUUUGCCUCCUGUAGUGGUGCUGAAGAACCGGCUCUAUACCAGUGUUCACUAGGAGAAACCUGUCUUAUGCAUGAAUUUAAAUAAGAACUACUCGUUGGGUUAAGAAUAGGGAAUAUCACAAUAUGCUGUCUGACUGUACAACAAACUCAUAUGUCUGUCUGUUAAAGUUGCUGGCCAAACAGUUGUCACACCAACCAGAAUUGUACAAUGUUAAGGCAAUCGAGGUAGAACUGAACUGAAAAUAGGUCCUUAGCUUGACAAAACCGAGUGGGGUAUAUUUGUAUGAUCGAAACAUCACAGACUCCUUUUAUUGGAUUUUGUGAAGGUAAUAAAGUGGUCUGUAAACCACACCUGAGAAUAAACACCAAUGGGACUAGUGAAAAAUGCAGUUAAAAACAUUGUAGACAAUAUUUUUAGUCCUUAGGAGAAGGUAUGGCCCACAGAAAAAACAAAAAACAAAAUUAUCUUUAGGUAAUUGGUUCAAAUACUUGUAUUUUGUCUAUUUGCUUCAACAUAUGCAUCCAUAUUUGUCUGUCCAUUAUUGUAAGAGAAAAUACAUCUUAGGCAUGUCUGGGGUCUUUUUGUUGUAACCAUUUUAUUAAAAUCAUUCAAUGUAACAUGAGCCUUUCAUCAUCAAAUAUUUGCUGCUUUUUAUCACAUUGUUUUUUGUUAUAAAUCAAUCAAAUUGUGCCAAUAAAAGAAGUUAAGAAAAUGUUUAAUGUGUGAAACCUAAGUGUUAUGCUGUUGUAUUUAAUAAAUAAAUUAUAAUCUUGCAA